AUGAGUGUAUUGAUUCCAAGUAAUUCUACAAAUAAAUUUAAAGAGCCAAGUUUUAUAGGCUAUAAAGAAGGUGUAAAUCCAUGUAAAUACGGUGAACCGGCAAAAGGUUUCGAUCAAAAGCCAUUGAUAUGUAGUUCAUCAGAUUCAUUGGCAUGUCCUAAAGGAUUCUUUUGCCAUAUUGGAGCUUCUCGGGCGGGAACAGUUUGCUGUGAACGAUCUGGGCUAGCAGAUCCCUGCAGUUUGCCGUUGGAGGAAGGUGAAGGAAGUAUGCGGUUAAAACGUUAUCAUUACGAUGAUAACUCUAGGAACUGCCAGAAAUUUAUUUAUCGCGGGAUGAAAGGCAAUGAAAACAGUUUCCUUACUUACAAAGAAUGCAAGCAAAAUUGCAUGCGAUGGGAUUCGGUUUGUGAAAUAUCACCAAAAUCCUCGGAACAUCGUAGUUGUUCAGUGGAUCGUCGUGAAUGCGGUGACAAACAAUGGUGUCACAUUGGUACCGACAUUUAUUCAACGCUAUGUUGCGCUGGAGCAUCAAGCGAUCCCUGUGAAUUGCCUGUUGUACGAGGUAAAGGCAAUCAAACAAUCAUUCGAUGGUAUGCAGAUCCAAAUGAUCAUUCUUGUACUCGAGAAUGCAAAACAUUCAUUUAUAAAGGUUUAAAAGGAAAUCAAAAUAAUUUCCUUACUAAAGAAGAAUGCGAACAACAAUGUAAACGAAAUUGUGAAAAUCCAUGUGAUACUGGUGUAAUGCUUCUGACACCACGGCAUAUACCACUUUUUUGCUCCUCAACGAAUAUUUGUCCACCUAAUUAUUGGUGUCACAUUGGUGCAUAUACGGAUACCACUGUUUGUUGUCCAGAAAGUAUAAAUCGUUGUGAGCAACCAAUGAUGGAAGGUAUUGGUAACAACAAUUUACUGAGAUGGUAUUUUGAGAAGACCACACACAAAUGCAUUACAUUUUACUAUCGUGGAAAAGGAGGAAAUCAAAAUUCCUUUUUGACAGAAGAUGAAUGCAAAAAUGCAUGUCCUGCAUAUGAGAAUCCGUGCGGUAAUGGAGAACCGCUUUUGAUAGAUGGUAAACCAAAAAAAUGUAAUCCGGAAGAACGUUGCCCCCAGACAUACUACUGUCACAUUGGAGUGAAUGAAACACAGAACUUCUGUUGUCACAAAAACGGAGAUGUGUGUGAUCAUCCAAUGGAUCAAGGAGAAGGACAGUCUUUGCUUUUAAGAUAUUAUUAUGAUAAGGAUUCCCAUCGUUGUCGUGAAUUUACUUAUUUUGGUUCAAGAGGAAAUGCGAAUAAUUUUUUGAAUGAAGAAGAUUGUGAAGCAACAUGUCCUGUAGUGCCAAAUCCAUGUGCAUAUGGUAGACCACUUACCAAUGAUCAAAAUGAACCCGUAAUUUGUGGUGGUAGUGAAAGUUGUCCCGAUAAUUACUUCUGCAUAUUGGAGGUUCUCCAGAGACAACAAACUGUUGCCCAGGAUGUUUGUCUUCAGUAUAUUAUUGUUAUCAACAAACUUGAUAUUGCAGCUAAUGGCACAUGUGAAUUGCAAUUAGAAAUUGGCAAAGGUAAUGAGCAACUACAAAGAUGGUAUUUUGAUCGAGAACAACAAAUGUGUCAUCGAUUUGUUUAUCGCGGUCUUUACGGCAAUGCUAACAAUUUCAUUACAUUGGAGACCUGUCAACAGAAUUGCGAGGAAAUGAAUCCAUGUGGAAAUGGGACACCGCUGACGGAUCAUGAGGGAAUGCGAAUUUUUUGCGGAUCAAAUGGAUCAGAUGAUUGCCCAAACGAUUAUUUCUGUCAUAAAGGGUCAUCAUCUUUAACGACGCAAUGCUGUCCUCGACAAGGUAAAAAUCCAUGUGAACAGGUGUUAUCUAUUGGGUAUGGCGAUGAAGAGAUUCCAAGAUGGUUCUAUGAUUUGAAUAGUAAAAAGUGCUUAGAAUUUAUCUAUGGUGGUUUGGGUGGCAAUGAAAAUAAUUUUCUUUCACGGGAAAGUUGUGAUGAAUUUUGUAAAGCAAGAGAGGAUUAUUGUCCUCAUGGUGAUCCGCUUAUGGAAGCAUCUGAGAAUACUUUGGCCAAAUGUGGAGUGGAUAUUGCAUGUCCGCUGGGAUUCAUAUGCAACAUGAAUGUUAAGAAAAAUACUACUGCAUGUUGUCGGGAUCCUGCAAAUUUCUGUCUGCAGCCAAUGGAUUCAGGACGGCAAUGCAAGGAAUUUGAAAUACGAUAUGGAUAUGAUCCAGAAUUAGAUGAUUGUGUCUAUUACCGAUAUGGAGGUUGUGGUGGUACGUUGAAUAAUUUUGAAACAUUGGAAAAAUGCACCGAAAUUUGUUGCAAAAAUGAUUGA